AUGAUGACUCAGUUUCUAACUUUAUUCAAGGAAAAGGUAAUGAAUGAGACCUGGUUUGAAAACAACAAACUGAAUACACUGACAGAGAGAAAUACCCAGCUAUUAAGUAGAAUAUCAAGACUUCAAGAGUCUUUAAAUUCAUUAAGGAAUAUUAAGGCAGUUGAAAGAACUCAGUAUGAAUUGAACAGCAAAGUCAAUGGAAGUAUCUUGAAAGACAAGUACUCUUCCUUUCUGCUCCAUGAUUCACCUGAUCAGAGGAUAUUUGGGGAUCAGAAAAAUUUAUAUUACAAUUCAGAAACAAUAAGUUUUGAUAAACGUUUAGAAGCUAUGGAAACGAAAUUGCGUAAUCUCUUUAUUGAAACAAAUACGUCAGUGUCAUCGGAUGUUUUGAAUAAAUAUGCAGUAAAAAUCGUUACAGAAACUUACCAUCCAAUUACAACAUUCAACCAACACUGUACAGAGUCUUGUCAACGUUCAAAACAAACCUCUUCAAGAUGGACUGAUUGUUUACACUUAGAUUUAAAUGACUUAAGAUCUUGUAGUCAUUGUUUAAAUCAUUCAGCUCGUAGUAAUUGUACAGUUCAAACGGCAGAUAUUCUCAACAAAUGUCAAUAUAUUGACAAAUCAGUUCAAACCUUAUGUUAUGAAUCAACAAAUAUUGCUACCCAUCCAAAAUAUUCUAAUGAAAAGGCAAUAUUUACAAAUGAAAAUCAAGUUAUUUCGAAAUCAUAUAAAUUAGAAGCAUCGGAAACAAAUAAUCAACUAACAUCUUUUGUUUUCCUUAAUAAUCAUUCUCAUAUUAACCAAGCAAUAAUCCAUCGAAAUGGUAUUUCAAACGAACCUGAAGAUGAUGAAUCUGUCUCUAAAUUUACAUCUAGUGAAUGUUUAGAUAUUGUUGUAUCACCUGAUUCUGAGACGAAUGGACUGAAACAAACGGAUUGUUUCAAAGUUAAAUCAAAUAAAGGUCAACAAAUUGGUUUCAAUCAACUGAGACAAACACAUAGUUUCGAAUCUGGAUUGAACAAUGAAGAAGGUUAUAAUCGUCUUUCGAAACAAUAUAUGACCAGACAAAAUUGUGCUAUAAACUUUAAUACGUUUGUUGGGAAUUUUUAA